CACUUUUUUUCACAAUGUAACGCUAUUCUUAAGAAGUAGAAAAUAUGGGUUUGAAAGGUAAAUGAUUGCUUCAAUGGAGAUGAAGUGUGGCGAGGGCUCGUUUUUUGAUAUUUUUCACACUAGUACUCACCAGGUACCCAAUAUAUGUCCUAAAAAUAUCGUCCAUUUUGAGAUUCAUGAAGGUGAAAUCGUAAAGACUGGUUCGAUUGUUAGUUGGAAAUAUAACGAAGCUGGACAAGAAAUGUAUAUGAAGCACUUAAUUGAAGCCGUCGAUCCUCACAAGAAAUUGAUCAAAUGGAAAGUUAUUGAAGGAGAUUUAUUAGAGUUGUAUAAUUACUUUGAUUAUACAACAUCUUGUGACCACCAAUGGACUACUUGGACAAUUGAAUACGAAAAGAAAACUGAAGACACCCCAGAACCCCUCAUUCACUUGAGUAAUAUCUUUGACAUGACCAAGGAUAUAGAGGGUCACCUUCUCCAGAAAUAUAAAAGGUUAGAAGUAGAAAAUAUGGGUUUGAAAGGUAAGUUAAUUGCUUCAAUAGAGAUGAAUUGUGGAGGGGGCUCGUUUUUUGAUAUUUUUCACACCAAUACUCAUCAGGUACCCAAUAUAAGUCCUAGGACUAUCGGCCAUUUUGAGAUUCAUGAAGGUGAAAUCGUAAAAACUGGUUCGAUUGUUAGUUGGAAAUAUAUCGAAGCCGGACAACAUAAGUAUAUGAAGCAAUUAAUUGAAGCCAUCGAUCCUCACAAGAAAUUGAUCAAAUGGAAAAUUAUUGAAGGAGACUUAUUAGAGUUGUAUAAUUACUUUGAUUAUACAACAUCUUGUGACCACCAAUGGACUACUUGGACAAUUGAAUACGAAAAGAAAACUGAAGACACCCCAGAACCCAUCAUUCACUUCCGUAAUAUCCUUGACAUGACCAAGGAUGUAGAGGCUCACCUUCUCCAGAAAUAGUGUGUGUAUAUAUAUAUAUAUACACACACACAAACAUUAGAAGUAACUGUGUUUGUGUGAUGAAUAAUUUGCAACUAGCUAGCAUGUGGAAUAAUAAAUAAUAUAAUGUCAAUGUCCAUACACAUUAUAAGUAUGUGUGUUAGUGUGAUGAAUAAUUGGCUAGUUCUAGCUAGCAUGUGGAAUAAAUAAUGUUGUUUUUGAUGAAUAUUGUUGUAUAUGUCACUAGUACUAAUAUCAUGCACAAAAGCAUAAACAUAUAUUAACUGAUCAACCAAUUCCUUUUUAAGAAUCAUAGCAGAAGAAUACUAAGAUGGCACAUUAUCUGCCAGAAUAUAACGAAUUCCCAACGAUUACAUAAGAAAGACGUAUCAAUAGUCUGCAACUUCCUUCGAAA